UAAUAAUAAUCCCCUCAUGAUCAUUCUAUUCCAUCACAGUUAAUUAGCUUAGAGAGCCUUCUCUUCUCUUCUUCUUCUUCUUCUUCUUAUUCUUAUUAUUCUUCUUCUGAUAAUGAGCUCAACACCAUCUCAAGUUUCAACAAAAAUGAAAGCUUAUUACAGAUCAAAGCUUCCUCUACCUAUAAUCACCACCAUAAUAUGUAUCAUUGCCUUUGUUCUUCUUCUCUUCACUGAGAGACUCAACUUUCUUUCUUCAAACUCAAUUCUCAAGGCCAAGUCAUGUUCAAGAAGAGAUGGUUUCAAAAAAUCAAGUGAGAAAACAGAGGAGAAAACAGAGGAUUUAAUAGAUGAUAGGUUUGACUUUGACCCUGAAGAAUGUAAUGUUGCUAAUGGAAAAUGGGUGUUCAACCGUUCAAUUAAGCCUUUGUACUCAGAUAGAAGCUGUCCAUACCUUGAUAGACAAGUGUCUUGUGUCAAGAAUGGCCGGCCGGAUUCCGAUUACCGCCACUGGCAAUGGCAGCCGGAAGAUUGCACCUUGCCAAGGUUUGAUCCAGAAAUUGCUCUUAAGAAACUUAGAGGGAAAAGGGUGUUGUUUGUUGGAGAUUCAUUGCAAAGGGGUCAAUGGCAAUCUUUUGUGUGUUUGGUUGAGUCUAUAAUACCUGAAGACCAAAAGUCUAUGAAACGAGGUCGUUCUCAUUCUGUCUUCACAGCCAAGGAGUAUAAUGCUACAAUAGAAUUCUAUUGGGCACCAUUUCUGGUGGAGUCAAAUUCAGAUCUACACAUAGUAGCAGAUCCAAAGAAAAGGAUUCUAAAGGUUGAUUCAGUAGAAAAGCAUGCCAAGAAUUGGGUGGGAGUAGAUAUUCUUCUAUUCAAUACUUAUGUUUGGUGGAUGAGUGGUCUCAAGAUCAAAUCAUUAUGGGGUUCAUUUCCAAAUGGAGAAGAAGGAUAUGAAGAACUUGAAGCACCAGUGGCUUACAGAAUAGCUUUGAGAACUUGGGCCAAUUGGGUCGACACAACUAUUAAUCCAAACAACACUCGAGUGUUCUUCACUACCAUGUCCCCUACACACCAGAGAAACGCAGAUUGGAGUGACAAAGGAGGAAUCAAGUGCUUCAAUGAUACAAAGCCAGUUAAGAAAAAAGGUCACUGGGGAACUGGUUCAGAUAAACGAGUCAUGAAAGUGGUCUCAGAUGUAAUCGGGAGAAUGAAGACACCUGUCUCGGUCCUCAACGUGACUCAGAUCUCUGAGUACCGAGUCGAUGCUCACACCUCGGUCUACACAGAGACAGGUGGCAAACUCUUGACUCAGGACCAAAAAGCUGACCCUCUUCACCAUGCCGAUUGUAUUCAUUGGUGUCUACCUGGUGUUCCUGAUACUUGGAAUCAAAUUUUUUUAGCACAUUUGUAACAAAAAAAAAAAAAAAAAGUAACUUCAUAUUUUCUUUCUAUUCUCUUUUCUUUAAGAAAAAAAAUGUAUGAUUUCUUGAGUUUGAUGAUAAUUCAUCUCUUUAAUUUUUCACAUAAUCAAUUGGAAAAAGAAUGAAAGAAAAAUUAAAUUGAAUAUAAUGAGAUUUUUUAUGAA